AUGGUUUACGAAUUAGGACAUUCAGCAGCCUGUCACAGUGGCACAUUAAGCUAUGAUACAUCGACGGAGAGCGGCAGUCUUCAUCAUCAUUACACGCGCGUUGAUGUUGAAAACCAGUACAUAGACAAGAAUUUGAAGGACGAAUUCAACUGUAACAAGGCGGAUAUCAUCCAUAGCAGCACGUUGCCCAGAAUUUCUGGACCAAGUCAUGCUCUGUGCUCUGUAGUGAACAAGCUCUCCGGCAGAAGAUUACUUGAAACAGGAAUAUACCAGCGCGAUCAAAAGUAUCAAAGGAUCACAGAUGGUGGGCAAUACCAGUGUAUCUCACAGAACAACGUGCAGUUCGAAGAGCAAGUGAUCGAGCAGUUUCGAUCAUUUCGACUGCAUGCUGGAGAAAGAAAGACUGUGCCUUUCGAGUGUAAGUUGUUUGAAGGUCUUGUCGGUAAAGAGGCCAGUUGGUUCAACGCAGCACGGAACGAGCGCUACUUUGUUAACGAGUCAAACUCCUCAAUGGACUACCACGUGACACUGCACGAUUUCAACUACCAGCGCGUUCACAUCCGCAGGUUCAAAGAGGCGGACAAUGGCACUGUGCUCGGCUGCAUCAGUGUCGUACCACGUGAUCCCGCCCAGUGGGUGCACAAUUUUACGGCAUGUGUGGACAAGGGUCGCAGCAAGUGCAUGGAAAUGUCCCAGUACCAAUCACAUCAAAGGGAUAAGUGCAUUCGGAAGAAAACAUUUCACAGGGAUUGCAAUUUGAUCGAUACGGUCGUAACGACUGAUGCUACUUUGUUCUUCGUCCAGCUGAUUGUGAAGGAUCCUCCUAAUCGCCCGCAGAACAUUGCAGUGGUAAGCAGCCCGACAUUAACAUCGCUUCAGCUCACCUGGGAGGCACCCAUCCCGGGUAAUAUCAGCCAUGACGGCUUCGUAGCCUGGUGUCAUUCUUCAACGGCAAAUAAUGGAGCACCGCGACGCACUCAAGACUAUUUCGUGAACAACAGCACAUUUUCCGUCACGCUCACCGACCUUCUACCCAGCAGUGUGUACAACUGUAGCGUCUCGUCCACAAUCUACGACCAACGGAGUGCAUUCCACUCCGUCCGUGUUUCCACCGUGCCACUGGAGACUGUUCGGCUCGGGCUUUGCGAGGAAUGGCACUUCCGCUGCAAUCACACGGUCUUCAAUGUCACCAACACUGGCAGCUACACGCCUUGGAACUUCUCGUCGCGCGCCCAGCCGCUGUUGAUCAGAGAGACGGACCCGUCGAGUUCGUCGACGUUCGUUCGCAUUCCCAUGUUCGGCGCGGCACACAACGGACUGCGCAUCGCCUGCGGAACCUCCAACACCUUCAUGCUGUUCGAGAAAUGGGUUUUCAAGAGAGAGAAAUCCGAGAACGCGUGCAGGACGUGCGGCAGUUGCCCGGACAACGCCCUCUGCUCGGCGACUCGGCGGGGCAUGCACUGCCAGUGUCAGCCAGGCUACAUUCUAGACGGAUCGGCGUGCGUCCACUACGACGCGUGCGUCCAGGCUCGGCUAGAAACCUUGUGCCCGGCGAAGGACACCGUCUGCGUCCGCAACCUGUCCAGCUACAGCUGCGAUUGUCAGGCCGGCUACGAACGUUACUCCAGUGGCGCUUGCAAGGCGAUAAACGAAUGCGGAGGGUCCAAGUCUCACUGCGGUGCUCAUGGUGUGUGUAGCGACUUGCCUGGAUCGUUCUCCUGCUCCUGUUCGCCGGGGUACGACGGCUGUGGCGCGUCUUGUCAAGAUGUCGACGAGUGUGCGCGUGGUACUCACAAGUGUGGCGCCACGAUGAGGUGUGUUAACACUCAGGCUAGUUACACAUGUACGUGCGGGCAUGGCUACACCGGACAAGGCAAUUCAUCAACAUUGUGCACAGAUAUAGAUGAGUGUAGUCUUGACCAGACGGUCCUCGCCAAUGGAACACUUGUCGACCUUGCACCCUGUCCUAACAACGUCACCACGCAAUGCAAAAACACAGACGGCUCAUACAUUUGCCCGUGCCUGCCCGGAUUCGAGGUCAACACCACAGCUACAAGCGACGGCGGACAGUGCCAGGACGCUGAUGAGUGCAAACUGGGCAACCUAUGCACUAGCACUGGCCGUCUGCAGGCAGAAUGCAACAACACGUUUGGCUCUUUCCUGUGCCAGUGUCCUAAGGGCUUUGCGUGGAACACGACCACGCGGCAGUGUGUUGACAAGGACGAGUGUGCGCUAGGGGAGAACGAUUGCGAUCCCGACCACGGGCUGUGCACAAACACGAUUGGGGCGUUCACCUGCUCGUGCGCCCCCAUGCUUCAUACAGCGGGAGACCACAGCACGUCCAGGGAGACGGAGGGCAACGGGGUAACCUGUGGACAGUACGUCAGCUCAGGGUCGCGGAGCUCUGUAGAGUCAAUUGACAAUAUCCUGCUUAUAGUCAUCAUCGUCCUGGCUGUUGUUGCCGCCAUACUGCUCUGCAUUCUGUUCUAUCUGAGAUUCACCGUCCAGCGCACCGUCAAGGAAGUCAUUGUCUUUGAGCGCAAGGCUUCCGAUGACAAGCUGGACAGCAUUGGUGAAAUGGACCCCAGCUGCUUCCCGGACGAAUUCGCGAACGACACGUGGCACAAAAGCACACUUCACAGCAAGGCGUCUACACACACGAUGCUCGGACGAGUGAAGAAGGGGACUGGGGCCGACGAGCUAUCGCUAUCCUCGCAGCUGACGUUCGCCACGCCACAGGCGCUGUCGCCGAUGAACUCCAAAGGCAGCGCAAAGGUGACGCAGAAAUCGUCCGCCUCGUCUGUCCACGCGACCAGCAAGGCGGCGGCGCAGCGUGUGGAUUCUGAUAACCCGAACUUAAUGAUCUACUCCAACCCGUCCCUGCUCAGCUUCAAUGGCGAUCUUGAGGACCUCCUGGCGGCGGGUGCUGAUGACGCCAGCCAGAACGCCAGCAUCGGCGGCAAUGCCGCUCCUCAGCAGCGGCCGACACCAGCCGAUCCGUUUGGUCUUCCGCCGCUCAGCGCGUUUGCUGGCUACAUGGCGGCCACUGGCGAGGAGGCUCGCCUCCACCCGGAAACCGUCGCCGACCGGGGCGAGGAGGAAUACGUGCAUGAGGAGAACGACGGAGACUCGAUCAUCUCGCGGAACACCUGGGCAGCCAUGGCAGCGGAGGCGCAGCAGGUGCCCGACCCGUUCGCCAGCGUUCGCCAGAGGACCAACCCAGCGCCGAGGGCUGGGCAAUCUAACGUCCCUGCCGGUGCUACGGGUGCACACCGAGAAAGACUACCAUCCUUGUGGAUGGCAAGUAGUGAGGGCUACUCGGUGCCAAACAAAACAUCCCUAGUGGGCCAGCAGGGCCAGGACGUCGUAGGACUGAGCGCCGGCCAGAUUGUGCUCAAGACGCUUGCCGGCGAAUUAGUCGUCGCCACGGACAAUGGUGGCAUGUAUCCUCUCAGUCGUUUCAACUGCAUUCUGGAUCCUCACAGCGUUGCUUUCUAUCGUGUCCAAGCCUCUGCAAGCGGUGGUUUCGUUCUCAUUGACUCCAGGACAGGCGCCGAGCUCAGCAGCCUGUCCUCAAGUCAGGUCCUCGAUGCGUGCAAGGCGUUUGAGAAGCUCCACGCGCGCUUGGUCAGCGACAAGCGAGACGCCAUUGCCGUCGCCACGAGUGACGGCAAGGGCUCGGUGAGCUACGGCGCCCCUCGUUCUCUCCUGUCCAUGCCCAACGGCCAUUACGCGUUUGUCAACGACACCGGGGCGUCGGUGCCGCUGUGCGUGUUCGGUGUGCGCGUGGAGCCAGACCGCGCGUCUCGCUUCGCCAUUGCCUCCGCGUCCGAUAGCACAUACACGUUGUUUGACGUCGUGUUAGCUCGCCGCGUCGGAAGUGUCAAGUACGCCUCCGUCGUUGACGUGCUCUCCAUCUACCAAGAGAAACCAGACGAGCUGAUGCCGUUGUGAGGAUGCAAGCACCAAGCGGCAUUAUAGAUAGCGCGUAGCAUCUGUUUAGCAAGGUCGUUUAAUACUGCGUCUUACAUGUACGCAUGCUGUAAAUGAAGUUGAUUAACAUUAUUAAUUUUGCGAAUCAUGCUAUAUGUAUCUCUUCGAAUAUACGGAAUUUACAUAAUUGUUAUCCUUCCCGGCUUUUGUGCAUGUGCCCCAGUUCUGGAAAUCAUGCGAGGCAACUGUGUGUGUGUGUGUGUGUGUGUGUGUGUGUGUGUGUGUGUGUGUGUGUGUGUGUGUGCGUGUGCGCGUGCGUGUGCGCGUGCGUGUGUGUGUGUGUGUGUGUGUGUGUGUGUGUGUGUGUGUGUGCGUGAGUGUGAGUGGGUGUGGGUGGGUAGCGUGUGUGCAUGUGUACUGUGUGUGUGUGUGUGUGCGUGUGCGUGUGUGUGUGUGUGUGUGCGUGCGUGCGCGCGUGUGAGUCAGUCUCUUCCCGGGAGAAGAGCGACUAUGUUAGCCUUUUUUGCUAAAAUGUCUGCCAGUCCAGUUUAUGGAUUAUGUACCGACUGGCUUGUAGCGUUGUGAGCCGCAAGUAUUACAUUCAUCUCCAGCUUUGGCGAAGAAUCUAUCUACCCAUAAGGUUAUUUUCGUCUCCAGUUUUGGGGGAGAAUCAACCCUUAAGGCUGGCCUAGCAGAUUUGCAUUUAAUCAAUCUCUAUGUAGCUCUCUCCCUUCAGCCUAUUCAUUUUUUAUUCACAAAGUGCUUUUAUCAUAACUGCUUUGAAGUAAGAAUAAUAUUAUUGAAUAAUGAAAU